GAGGUAGACUAGUUUCGGUUCGCCGGCGCGUGCAGGCACACACCAGCCAGCGUGGCCCGGUCCGGCCCGGAGGUGCUCACACCUUACCCCCCCCCCCUCCCCAAACCGUGUCUCCCCCCAGCGGCCCCGGGUGACUCAGGGGUUCCCACUGCGGAGCGCCGGACGGGAUUUCUCCGGGAUUUUGGAGUCGGUGCGCAACAGCGAGGAGGCAGGUGCACGAGAGAGGACAGGACAGAGGAGGAGGAGGAGGAGGAGGAGGAAGGCUGCUUGUGUUUCCGUGACAGAGUCCUGGAUGGUCGGAAAUCAACUGGUUGCCUCCUCGGUGGGUCGUUUGAUUAGUAUGCGGCUGGAGUCCCCCGCUGCCGCCGACCUCCAGCCCUGAAGUCUCCUCCGUGCCUGCGGAGUGACUCCUCGCCCCGUGGAGGACGAGGAGCGGGAGGCGGAGCGGGAGGGGGCGGCGGUGAACGCAGCAGGACCCCGGCUGCAGCCGCGGGGCCGUGGGGCACUUUGCACGGACGCGACGCGGACGCGGACCUCCUCGCCCGGCGGAUCGGGAAGAUGAUGGGCUUUCUGCGCCGGACGUUCAGCCGCCGCUCCCGGAGCCGCUUCCAGGCGCGAGAGGUGGACGAGCGGGACGGCAAGGAAGGAGGGGUGGGAACGGGCGGAGGGGGAGGAGGAGGAGGAGCCGGAGCCGGGGGGGUGACCGGGAACCCCUUGCUGCUGGCCCACCAGCAGCAGGUCGUCCACGCGCCCGCCGUGGUCACCGGGGGCUCGUCGGUCCACAUCCCGGCGGCCGGGGCGGCUCGGACCACCAUCACCUGCCGCGUGCUGCUGCUGGACGGCUCGGACGUCAACGUGGAUUUGCCCAGCAAGUCCAAAGGCCAGGAGCUUUUUGACCAGAUCAUGUAUCACAUAGAUCUGGUGGAGACGGACUACUUUGGCCUGCAGUUCAUGGACACAGAUCAAGUCUCACACUGGCUGGAUAUGACCAAACUUAUAAAGAAACAGAUCAGAGAUGGUCCUCCUUACAGACUGUUCUUCAGAGUGAAAUUUUACUCCUCUGAGCCAAAUAACCUGCGCGAGGAAUUUACAAGGUAUCUGUUUGUGUUGCAGCUCAGACAGGAUAUACUGUCUGGCAAGUUGAAGUGUCCGUACGACGUGUCGGUGGAGCUGGCGUCGUAUUGUUUACAAAGUGAGCUGGGAGACUGCGACCCCUUGGAGCACUCUCCUGAGCUGGUGUCCGAGUUCCGCUUCACUCCCAAACAGAGCGAGGCCAUGGAGGCGGACAUCUUCAGCAGGUGGCUGGAUCUCAGGGGAAAGAGCCCGUCGCAAGCGGAGAUUUCUUUCCUCAACAAAUGCAAGUGGCUGGAACUCUACGGCGUAGAUAUGCACUUUGUCAAGGGUCGGGAUGGAGGAGAGUAUGCGCUCGGGCUCACUCCCACUGGCAUCCUGGUUUUUGAGGGCUCCAAUAAAAUUGGGCUUUUCUUUUGGCCAAAGAUUACCAGACUGGACUUCAAGAAGAGUCGACUCACACUGGUGGUGGUGGAGGACGACGAUCAGGGUCGGGAGCAGGAGCACACCUUCGUGUUUGAGCUGGCCAGCUCCAAAAGCUGCAAGCACCUGUGGAAGUGCGCCGUGGAGAGCCACGCCUUUUUCCGGCUCCGCCAGCCGACCACGGGCAAGGCGAGCCGCAGCGACUUCACGCGGCUCGGGUCCCGCUUCAGAUUCAGCGGUAAAACGGAGUAUCAGGCGACUCACGGAGGCAGGCUGAGGAGAGCCAGCACGUUCGAGAGGAGGCCCAGCAAGCGCUACCCCUCCAGAACCCAGUCACUGGGGAAAGCUGCUAUUUCUCCAGCCAAGCCUCCACAUAUCAGCCCUGAUCCCAGCCUGCACCUGUUCCAACACAACAUUCCUCUCGGUCACGAGCCGUGGCACCCGCCGCACGCCGCGCUCACGCCCCCGGUUUACCUGCAGCCCUCCAGACACACGGCGCCGCACAGUUUUCCACUGAGCGGAGCCGCUUCAGACCAUCAGUUCAGUGUUGAAGAGAAUGAAAAUUCGUACCCUGGGAAGGUCCACCACCACCGCCACCGCCGCCACACACACAGCCAGGACACACUCUGCCACACACACACCAAGAACAAGCGUCGAGCUCCUCCCUGCCCCGCAGAGGAGAUGGACAUCUCCCGGUCUCUGCUCAAGGCUCUGGAGUCGGAAAGCGAUUCUCCUCCGUGGCCUUCGCUGCACGUCAACAUUGACAACAAGGGAGAUGAGAAGCAGCUCUCUGAGAAGUCUCUGCACCCGCCGGCCUCCCCAGCGAUGCUUCCCGAUCACCUCAAAUGCAACAUCCUCAAGGCUCAGAUGGAGGCAGCUUUCAGGAAGGAGGCGCCGACAACCCCCAGAGGGAAAACAUCGAGCGAGACCCUCAAUGACAGGUAUCAGAGCUCAUCUCAAGAUUCAGCUGCAUCCAGCCUGACGGCAGAGAAGACGCCCCACCGGCAGGACUGCGAGCCCACGCCGGAGAGGCUGCAGCCCGCAGCCAAUCCGAGCGGCAACCGCAGGAAACGGCUGGUCCGGCAGUUCAGCUUUAACCACGAAGAUGAAGAUAAUCUCCCAGAAGCACUUGCAGCCAUCGCCUCUCAGAGCAGUGCGAAGUCGGGAUCCAGCAGCUCGUUGGACAAACAGAUCCAGCCGUCCAUCUACCCACAGGUGGAUAAUAUGCCAGCACUGGAGCUGGGUAGUCCGUGCUGUCACUCUCCUUCGCCUUCCCCUCACCUCUCCCCUUCUUACUACAGUAGCUCCAUCCCUCACCUGGUCCCUUACCUUGCUGCCCAUAACGACAGCGGAGAAGAAGUCAGGCUGGACAGAGAGAAGAUCCUCAGAACCCUGCUGAUGACUGAGCUCUGAGUGACCCUUGACCCCUGUGACACGAGGGUCAGAUGAUGCAAAGUGGGCAAAACCUUCGAGAGGAGCCUCAACGGCAUUGGCGCCAACCAACAUUUGUAUAUUUACAUUGCACAUUUAGCAGUAAAAACAUAUAUAUUUGCAUACAGGCAAUUGUUAUAUUUGGUUAAAUAUUAUUUUAGAAGGACAACUCUUUAUACUCGUGGAACUAAAACUGUAUAA